AUGGAUGUAGCAGAGAAUUUAUGUGAUAAGAUUGCUAUUUUAGUUAAGGGAUAAAUUCAUGUAAUUAAUAUAUAUUUAAUAUUAUUAGAUACCAAGUUAAUCUUUCAAUUUUUACAACACAUAUGUCUCAUUAACAGAACUUGUCUAAAGAAAAUUGAUCCAUGAUUUCUCAAUUUAUCAAUCAUCUUUAUAAUCAGUAUUUCUUUAAUUUUCAAAAUCCCAACAUGACUAAUAUAAUUGA